AUGCAUGCGAUAGACCCAAAUGAUCCAGUAUUGGCGCAGCGCCUAGUUAAAUUGGCGUCUGACGCAGUUUCCAUGAACAACAGCGAUAGAGAGAAGGCAGAACAUGAGAUUAAGGAAUUCCAAAAUAGUGUUGAUAAGCAGACUGGAUUCGUCUUGUUACUUCUUAAUGUAGCUGUUGCCUCUGGUCCUGCAUCAUCUUUCUGCUCCAUUGUUUUUAAAAAUACAGUUAAAACAUGUUGGGACGCUGCAACAGCAGAACAUUGUAUCACAGAAAAUGACAAGGCAGUCGUACGUGAUACUAUUACUCUCCUUAUGCUUCGCGCUCCCCCAAACGUUCAACGAAACCUCGCAGAGGCUAUAACUAUGAUAGCUGAAAUAGAUUUUCCGGAAAAGUGGCCAAAUGCUCUAGACCGUAUUGUUCAGUCAUUGAUGAAUGAGAAGGAUGUGGCGAUACAGAGCGCUGCACUUUCAACGGCUCACAGUAUUCUAGGACGCUAUCGAUCUCAGACAGAUCUUUCAGAAAAGCUGGCAGAAGACCUUCGCAUCAUUUAUACUACCCUAACGUCUCCUCUACUCUUAUCGAUGGAAUAUCUUUUGGGCGAAAUGGAAAAGUGUAACUCAUCAUUUAAGGCAGCAUGUCAAGGACUCACUUCAGCUGUAGAGUGUCUUCGUGAUAUGACUACUUUAGACCUUGGUGAUGAGUUUAUUUGGAAUCUAAAUAAAUUUGUGGAUGUUCUUAUGCGAUGCCUUCAAUUCAGUAGUCCUGUUACGGAUGAUAUGGUUUUAAUUGAAUUGAAGUCUGCUGUAAUGGCUUGUGUGACACAUUUCCUUUUGCGCUUUGAUGAAGACUUUGAGAAGCAUGCAGGUGGUUUUAUGAAUGUUGUCUGGAACACUAUUGCUUCACCAUCUAGUAGAAGCAGUGCAAUGGAUGAUGUCGUCAUUCAAGGAAUAAACCUUCUUUCAGCUGCUUGCCGAGGUUCCAUGCGUACUGUAUUUGACAAUACAGAGGUACUUGAAAACCUUGUGGUACAAGUAAUUUUACCAAAUCUAGCACUGCAAACAGAAGAUAUUGAAUUAUAUGAGAGGGAAUCAGAUGAGUAUAUUCAAAGAGACAUUGAAGGUAGUGAUUUACACACUCGAAGACGUGAAGCAGGAGAACUUGUUCGUUCUUUAAUGGUUUCUUUUCCUGAUAAAUCUGGUCCACUUUUUACGGCUCAAUUACAACAUCUUAUGACAGCUGUUGCAUCUGGAGAUUGGAAAGCAAAAGAUUUAUCAAUUUAUUUGGUAUCUGCUCUUGCGUUAGAAGGUCAGUACGCUAACACCCAGAGAGGGGCAAGUCAACAGUUAAGUGGUUUAGUACCAUUUGAAUCCUUUUUGAGACAUAAUAUUCUUACUGAACUUUCUUCAGAUGUUUCAUCACAGAGUCCUUUUAUUAUUAAAGCUGAUUGUAUACGUUUUGUAGCGACAUUUCGAGCACAUAUUGAUCCACAGAUAAUUCCAGAUGUUGUAGCACUUUUAACUUCAUGGAUUCGAUGCCCAGAUGAAGUAGUACAUGCAUAUGCAGCCCAUGCUGUAGAGCGUAUUCUAACUGUUCGUCGUCCUGGUCAGCAAGAACUUAUUAUUUCGGAUGCAAAUAUGGGUGAUAAAGUUGCUCCACUCUUACAACACCUUUGUAUGCGACUUCAACAAGAUAAACGACCCUGUGCUUAUACAAUGCAGUGUCUUUUACGGGUAAGCCAAAACUGCAGUCAUUCUGUAAAACCUUUUGUUGGUGAUAUUAUUACUUGUAUAGCUCCUGUUGUUCAAUCGAAUGCCAAAAAUCCUUCAAAUCCUCUUUUUAGUCACUGUAUGUUUGAGGUUAUAUCAAAAUGCAUUCAAUUGCGUCCUGAAGAUGCCGCUGCUAUUGAGGGUGCAUUAUGGGAACCCAUGAUUUUUAUUUUACAGAAUGAUGUAUUGGAGUAUGUACCGUACACAUUACAAAUAAUGGCACAACUUCUUGAUACACGUAGCGGUGGAUCUCCAGAUCCUCCGGCGCAUUAUCAGGCUUUAUUGGAACCAUUACUUGUUCCUGAUAUGUAUCAGCAAAAGGGAAAUAUUCCUGCUGUCGUUCGACUUUUAGUGUCUUUUAUAGAACACUAUCCUCGAUAUGUUCACAGUAAGGGACUCACUGAAAAAACUCUGAUGAUAUUUCGAGCACUUCUUCAAUAUAAAAAUUACGAUCAUGAAGGAUUUAAUAUUCUUACUUCAAUGGUUAUAGCCUAUCCAAAAGAUAUUAUUGAACCUUUUAUGGGUUCUGUAUAUCAAGCAUUGUUUCAGAGAUUACAAACAUCUAGAACACCAAAGUAUGUGCGUAUUCUCAUUAUUUUCUUAUCCAUUGUGGUAGUUGUUCAUGGUGCUAAUGAUGUUGUAACAAGGAUAAACCUUAUUCAAAAUGGACUAUUCUGGAUGCUUCUUCAGCGAGUAUGGCUUCCUAAUGUUCAGAAGAUUUUGGGACCAUUGGAGCGUAAAGUGUGUGUGGUGGCGUUGUCAUGCUUACUGGGAGAAUGUGAGGAACUUCAACAAAAUAGCGAAGUAUGGACUAGCUGUGUUGUAACUUGCCUUAAAAUGAUUCAUGGCGCUGUGGAAAAUGAUGAUGUGACGAGUUUCACUCCAAAGGCACAUACAAUGGGGGAUUUGAAACAAUAUGUUGACGAUUCUGGUUUUACAAAUAUCUUUUGUCCACUGCAGGGUGCUGUACGUCCCCCAAUUGAUGUCUGUGCAUCCGUGAAGCAGCCGCAUGUCUACUUUCGUGAACGGGUUCAACAGGCUUUACGUGGACCGAAUGGGGCACAUCUUGAAGGUCUUCUUCGAGCCAAUCACGAGUUGUGGGCCGCAGUGCAGUGA